UCGAUCGUUUCGCAUGGUUUUCGCAUUGAUUCGAUCGUUUUCCUCUGUCGUUUCUGUCGCUGUAGCGCAGAGAUUGCGUCGUGUCGCCACUUUAUUUUGCAUUUACUUCGCUGAUUUCCUGCGUAAUGUGUCCGAAAUCUCCAAUCCGGCGUCGGUUUCCGUCCGUUGACGUCCCCGUCGAACUUCGAAAUCUCGGAAUCCUUCGCAUUCCGUAGGGGCCUGCAAUUUAUUAGGAAUUAAAUGUCGUGGAUUAUUUUUUUUUUUGGUCCGUUGGCGAUCUCGCCGCAUUGAUUCGUCAUCAUUGUUGUUGGCUUUUUCGCUUUCUGAAUCGAGAAAAUGGCGGUGGGCAGGCUGUGCAUUUUGGGUUCACCUGGCGGCUGAAUGUGAAUCGCCACCUUCGCGCGUGGAGUCGCGGUUUCGGGUCCCGACGGUUCGAGCUUGUUGGUGCAAUCUCUGUCGUUUCUGGUGUCGCGAUUGUGGUGCGUGAGGAAAAGAAAUUUUUUUUUUUUUUUGAAGGAGCCACGUUAUUUGCUUGGAGUGUUUCCCUCUGAAAGCGGUGGAUUGGGCGGGAGCGAACGAGGGAGGCUGUUUGAAAUGGUUUUGUAGGGAUUGGUCGGCGAGAUGAUCAUUUGGCAGAGGUGAUUUUGUUGCUCUUAUAAUUUGAAAAAUGCAAGCGAAAGAAGAUGGUGAAGCACAAGAGGAGCGGCCUUCGUCACCCUAUUAUGUUCUGCAGCAUUUCUCUGAGGAGGCGAUUAGAGUGGCUAAUGAAGCGAUUCACAGUGUUUAUACGGGCGGUUCUGGUGUCCAGCCGGGGCACAGGCGUAGCCAGAGCGAUGUGAUGCACAGGAGGAGCAACAAUCUUCAGAGAUGGAAGUCUCAGAUGCAGAAGGCUUGGCGGUGGGGCAAUAGCUCGGACGAGCAACGCCGACGGUCCAGCUUUAACCCUGAGGUAUUGGCGAACCAGAAGCGGCAGUGGUAUCAGCUCCACGCGAGACCUCUGGACAACGAUGCUUAUGUGCUGCCAACUUCCCUCUUUGAACAUUUCAUCCUUGCUGGUCUUCAUUCAGAUGCUAACUUGGAAGUUGUGGAGGAUGCAUUUAUUAAGAGGAAAAAAUGGGAAUCAGAGAUGGCAAAAUCUGAAUUAAUAGACUCCAAAUUGUUGCAGAAUCGAGCGCCUUCUUUCCCAACAUUGGAGCCUCAGAUAUUGUUUAAAUAUCCUCCUGGCAAGAGGUUAGCAAUGCGACAGAGGGAUUUAGCAGCAUUUUGUUUUCCUGGAGGUGUUAAGGCACAAAUGCUGGAGAGAACUCCAUCUCUAAGUGACCUAAAUGAACUUGUCUAUGGACAGGAGCAUUUGGGCCGGGAUGACUUAGCAUUUCUUUUCUCAUUUAAGAUGGCAGACAACGCAACUCUUUAUGGAGUUUGUAUGCUCGUACCAGAAAUUGUUCAGAGACCACCAGGCAUCGUUGGAAAUUUGUCACCUCUUACUCAGUCAUCUGGAGGAUGUCGUUUUCUUGUCUCUGCUCCUCGUUGUUACUGUUUGUUAACUAGAGUUCCUUUCUUUGAGUUACACUACGAGAUGUUGAACAGUAUCAUCGCACAGGAGCGUCUUGACCGGAUCACGCGAUUUGUUAAUGAAAUGACUCUCUCCAGUUAUAUUCCUUCAGAAACCAAUGCACACGAUAUGAUGAGUAAGAAUGAUGAGAAUCAUGACGAUGAUUGUCGUACAGAUUGGAUGGCAUCUGCAAUACCUCUUCACAGUGCUUUUGCCCUUACUGCUGCUGCCGCUGGUCUAGCACGAGAUAGUGGUGUCUCAUCCUCUUCAAUUAAGAUCCAGGAAACGCAGUCGCCUGAAAGUGCUACUGCGAGUGAUGUUUCUGAGUUGAGUCAUGCAAGGCAAAUCGAUAACUGUGUUGGGAGGCCUAUGCCACAUUUUGAUGACAAUACUUCUGAGAUCUCAGAAACUCGUUCUGAGUGUCUGGAACGGAUGUCUGAAUGCUAUGAAAAUGGACAUAACUCUCCAGAAGUUGGGGCAUUCUUAUGCCAUAGGAACCCUAUAAUGGAGCGACUGGGGAGUUCUGAAUCCCUUUACAGUCCAGUGAGAAGUGUGGUAUCAGAGGAUGAGGAUGAUGAUCUUUUUCCAAAUUCUCAAAGGGAACUAAAUGAUGAUGUAAUACUGGAGUGGGCGAGAGAAACUAAAAAUGAUUUGCUCCAGAUAGUCUGCAGUUAUCAUGCCUUGCCUCUUCCACCAAGGGGAGGUGAAAUUGUUUUUCAGCCUCUUGAACAUCUUCAGGCUAUGUCAUACAGGCGACCUCCCAUAUCUGCUGUUGGGCUAAGUAAACAGUUAUUAGAUUUAUUGGAAAAUGCUGAGGUCCAUGCAAAGAUAGGUUGUGCAGAGACAGCUCUCGCGCUCUCUGUAUGGACAACUGCAACUAUUUGUCGAGUUCUGUCACUUGAAAGUGUUUUAUGGUUGGUUGCUGGUGUUCUAUUAGAAAAACAGAUUGUACUAGUGUGCCCCAAUCUGGGUAUUCUAUCUGCUUCUGUGUUGUCUCUCAUUCCCAUGAUUCAACCAUUUGAAUGGCAGAGUUUAUUGCUACCUGUUCUGCCUGAGAAAAUGUUUGAUUUUCUUGAUGCUCCAGUUCCCUUUAUAGUGGGCAUACAGCACAAAUUUGCUGAUUUGAAGAUGAAAACAUCUAACCUUGUUCAGGUUAAUGUGCUUAAGGACCAGGUGAAAAUGUGUCCUUUGCCAGCACUACCUAGGUACAAAGAGCUUGUUUCCGAACUAAAGCCAAUCCAUGCUAGACUAUCUCGUGAAAGCUCAAUUGCUAAAAGGCAUCCUGUAUAUAACUGCAGUGAAGUGCAGGCAGAAGCUGCUAACAGGUUCUUGACUGUAAUGAGGAACUACCUGGAUUCACUUUGCUCAGAUUUGAAGUCUUACACAAUUACUAGUGUACAGUCAAAUAAUGACAGGGUUUCUUUACUGCUUAAAGAUAGUUUUGUUGAUUCCUUUCCUAGUAGAGACCGACCAUUUAUUAAGAUGUUUGUUGACACACAGAUGUUUAGCGUUCUAUCAGAUGCUGCUAUAUCAACCUGUGAGAGUAGGCAUUUCUAACUUAAUCUCGACACCAGUGUAAUGCAUCAAGUGAAACCUUCAACGUUCGUUAGAGAAUCCUGCAGAUAUAGAUAGGAGAGAGACUACUAUAGCCAAAGGCUUUAAGAAGAUUUUAAUUUGUAGACUACUCUGCUCCUUUGUAUGUCAAGGGCCUGCAGAUAUGUGCUGUUUGUACGUCAAGGGCCUGCAGAUAUGUGCUGUGCCAAGCUCUCAUCAGCACAUCGCCUUGCCUAAAUCAAGCAAUCAUCAUCCCAGUCUUUUAUUUGGGGUCUGAUGGCUGGGCUUUUUAGGUGUCUUCUGACUUGAAAUUCUUGUAUCCACUUUCACGGAAGAGCGUGGUUAUGUACACCUUUUCCCUCCUAUUUCAAGGCAAUCAAUCUCAUUGGUAUAAGAGCUGAUUAGUCCUUCAACUGGAGUACAUUACUCAAAAUAGCUCCAAAAUAAAGGAAUUCACAUGUUAUAAUUUUUCUGUGCUAUGAAUACUUCUGUUGAUACCUAGUGUAGUGCUAUUGCUAACAGCAAUUUUCAACAAGCUUUCUUCUCCAGUUUGUGUUGAAUCCCUUUACUUCCUUCUUGAAGAGUUAACAGUUCCAGUGAGGGGUCUAUGAAAUGUUUGCAUCCUAUGUAGCC